AUGACCUUGGAAGAAAAUGAACUGGAGGAGGUGAGGUUGGAGGUGGGACAGGGCACCAUUGGCCAGCUGCCCCCUGGGGGGUCCCAAGAAAGGUUCCGUGUGCUUGGCCCCCCAGGCCCCAUAGUGGCAGAGCUGGGUGAGGAUGCCACACUGCCCUGCUCCCUGUACCCAGUCAUGAGUGCAGAGAACAUGGAGUUGAGGUGGUUCCGGUCCAAUACCUUGGAGUCAGUGUUCACCUAUCAAGAUGGACAGGAACGACAUGAGGAGCUGAUGGCCCAGUACGCAGGGCGGACCUCGCUGGUGGGGGAAUUCCUCAGUAAUGGGGAGGCUGCUGUGCUCAUUCACAGGGUCCAGGCUACUGACAAUGGGCUGUACACCUGCUUCUUCAGCAACGGAGUCUUCCGUGAACAAGCCAGCUUGGAGCUGCAGGUGGCAGGUUGGUGUGGGCUCUGCCCCCAAGUGCACAUCAUGGGGCCAGAGGAGGAUGGGGUGCGCGUGGUGUGCACGGCCUCGGACUGGUUCCCGGAGCCCCAGGUGCAGUGGAGAGACCCCCAGGCGGAGCAGUUCCUGGAGUUCUCCAAGGUCCAGGCCCAGGACACUGAGGGGCUUUUCAGCGUGGAGGCUGCUCUGGUGGUGAGAGACAGCUCUGCGGGGAGUGUGACCUGCUCCAUCUACAACCCUGUCCUGCGCCAGGAGAAAGCAAUGGCCAUUGUCAUCCCAGAGCCCUUCUUCCCCCGGUCCUCUCCCUGGAAGCCGGUUUUCCUGGUGAGCCUGCCCUUGACGCUGCUCCUGCUCUUGGGGGCUGCCUGUUACACCAGGAGAGAACAUUCCACACUGAUGCGGGAGCUGAAGGAACAGGGAAAUCUACAUCAGGCUAAGGAGAAAGACAGACAGACCAAGGAGGAGGCCCUGAAGGAUACAGAUGAACUCCAGGCCAUUCUAGACCAGAGGAAGGCAGCUUACCUAGCUGCCUGGAGGAAGGCCCAGAUGUAUGCAGAGUCCUUCUUCCCCUGGGCCUCUCCCUGGAAGCCGGCUUUCCUAGUGAGUCUGCCCUUGCUGCUGCAACUGCUCCUGGGGGCUGCCUGCUACACCCAGAGAGAACAUUCCACAUGGAUGCGGGAGCUGCAGGAACAGAGGAACCUACAUCAGGCUAAGGAGGAGGACAGACAGAACAAGGAGGAGACCCUGAGGACACAGAGCAUUGAUACUUCGGGGUCCUCAUCUGUCCACGCGCUUCAUGGGGUCCUGGUGCUCCCUCCAGACCCUUCCCUGCCACAGCCCUGCUCAGGCUGCCCGGGCCCCCACAUGGGGCAUCAGAGCUCCAGCUGCUGCUGA